UUUUUUUUUUCUUAAAUAAUAUAUAAUAAAUAUGUCUAAUGCUAAUUGGCAAUCAUUAUUAACUAUACCAGAGAAAAACACUUAUUUGGAUUUAUUCAAAAAAAUAGAUGCAGAUAAUAAGGGCAUCAUCUUGCAAGAUGAAACCUUGGCAUUCUUAAGAAAAUCAAGCAUCCCCGAAAACAUCUUGAUGCAGUUUUGGAAUGCUGUUGAUAAUGAUAAAAAGGGUUUUCUUACAGAACAAGAAUUUUGUACUAUUUUAAAGCUAAUUGCUUGUGCACAGAAUGGUAUAAUGACGACUGAGCCCAUUUUAGCAACUAAAGCUCCUUUACCUGACUUUAGUGGAAAUGUUUCAGGAAAUAUUCAACAACAAUCAUCACCUGUAAUCUCUAAUACAGAUGUAAUUACUCCAGAAGAUAGGUUAAAAUACAUGAAUAUAUUUCAAUCAUUAAACCCUGUUAAUAAUAUUUUACAUGGUAAAAUGAAUAUGUGUAUAUUUGUAAAAAAAAUAAAAAUAGCGCAACUUAAUUUUUAUUUUUGUGGUUAUUGUUAUAUAGGUGAACAAGCCAAAAUUACUUUUAUGAGGUCGGGACUUCCUCCCACAAUAUUACAACAUAUUUGGAAUUUAGCUGAUGCUCGUAAAUCAGGAUCAUUAAAUCAAACAGAAUUUAUUAUUGCUAUGCAUUAUAUUGAAAGUGCUAUGAAAGGUGUAACCAAUUUACCUGCCACCUUACCUGCAAACAUCUAUGCAUCAGCUACCGGAAGAUCAAUUGCUCCUUCACCUCUUGUACGUAACAAUACUUUAAGAGUAAACAGCCCACCUCUCGUUCCUAUGAGAUCACCUGUAUUUAAAGGCAACACUAUUAGAACUACUGAUAUAACUUCUGAAGAACUUGAUAGUGAUAAUCUAGGGUAUGUUUCUGGUUCAGAUGCUGUUGUGUUCUUUAAGCAUUCAAAAUUACCAGAGUCAGAUCUUGCUCGCAUUUGGGAUUUAGCAGAUACAAAUUCAACAGGUCAAUUAAAUGAAGAAGAGUUCGCUAUAGCUAUGCAUUUAAUUAAUUAUAGAAUUGCUGGAGGUGAACUUUCAAAUGCUUUACCUACCUUUAGCUCCAUUCCUAGUCAUAAUCAUACUUCGCAGGCAUUACAGCUACCACCACCACCACAACAACAACAACAACAAAAUAUAGAUUUGUUAGGACUAGACUCUGAUUUUACAGGAACAGCCGCCCCUUCUAUUUCACAACAACACCAACUGAACCAAAAUGAUUUGGCUAAAGAACAAUCCAUACUUCAGUCCAAUACAAUCUCUGAAAGUACUCGUGUAAAAACUAUACAAAGUCAACUUCAUAUCGAAUCUCAAGCUGUUCAAGAUUUACAAAAGCAAAUUGAUCAACAAAAAGAAGCCUUAUCCAAACUUAAGCAAGAAGCAGAUGAAGCAGAGCGACAAUUAGAAGCAGAAAAAAAGAAAAAAGAGGAAUUAACAAGGGAAUUACAAAUGUAUAAGCAAGAAAUAAAGCAUUAUACAACACGUAUCGAAAAUGCUCAAGGAGAGACUAAUAAAUUAAAAAAGGAAAAUGAAGAACUAGAAAAGGAGAAACAAGCUAAAGCAGCCAGUCCUACCAGUAAUAAUCAAAACCUGUUUGUUUCACCUUUUGGGCCUACUUCUACUACUACUACUUCUUCUUCUCAUGAUUUCUUUACAUUAUCUACUCCCCAUUUAGCAUCCUCAGGCGGUGAAUUAUUUGCCAAAGUAACGGAGCCUCAUGAAACUGUUUUACCUGUUAUAUCGCAUCAUACUGGCUCAACAAUUAACUCUCAACAGCAGCCAAAAUUUGACCCAUUUGCAGGUUUCAAAGCAGGUCAACAAAAGCAAUCGCCUACGCUUUCUUUAAAUAAAUUAAAGGAAGAAAAUGAACAACAAAAGAGUUCAGUUUCACCCAACGUAGAUAUAAGUGAAAUUGAAUCUAAAUUCCCUGAUCUAAAUACUAUGGAGCAUAACUUUGCUGCUGCUGCUACUACCACUACUACUACUACUACUUCUCCUACUUUAUCCUCUAUUCAACCAACAACAACCUCAUCUACAUCUAUUGCUACUAUCACCACUUCAACUAGUCCUAAAAACACAACAAACGAUCUGCUUGCUAAUCUUUUCAAAAAGCCAUCUUCUAUAACAACAAAUACAAAAAUGACUUCAGGCAGUCCUACACUAAAAAAUGAUCCUAAUUCUAACAAGUAUGGUUUUGAUCUAUCAGCUUUUGAACCACCAAGUACGACUUCUCAAUUUAAUACAAAUGCUUCUGUAAAAGACGAAUUGAGUUCACUCUUUGGUAGUCCUUCUACAGCCAAUUCACAAUUACCAGAGAAACAACAUAAUACAAGUUUUGAUGAUAUCUUUGGAAGCUCUUCUACUCAUACAUAAUAAAUUCAUAAACUUUAUUUUGUAUUUAUAUCUACAUGCAUCUUAUUUAUAGACACAUACAAUAUACUACCGAUGGCCAAUAUAUAACUCAUUACUAGUAUAUUCAUUUAUAAGAGUCUUGAAUAUAUCACUAUAUGAGGGUAUAAAUAAUAAUAAUAAUAAUAAUAAUAGU